CGACUGCUACAAAAUACAGCAAGAUGCUUCAGCAUUGUCCAAGCCAUUGGCAUUGUAGGCGGCGGGGCGGUUUUUGGAAAACAUUUGUGUGGAACUGGAACAAGUGUGGAAGACAUUUUUUUUAGAGGUAGAGAGGGCAAAACGAAGUUGAAGAUUUAUAACAUUACUGUUGUGAAUAUGAUGCGUUGCAUUUCCAAGAGUGUAAGAUGUCUUUGGGACAAGCCAGCAAGUCAUUUGUUUCAGCGACAUUUCAUUUCAACUUCAACUUCGUUGCAAGAUCAACUGAAGCCGUACACCCCGCGGCGGGCGGUGCUGUACGUGCCUGGCAGCGACCGCAGGAAGAUCGACAAGACUGCCUCGCUGGACGCCGACUGCAUCGUGCUCGACUGCGAGGAUGGAGUGGCGCUCAACCGGAAGGAGGAGGCGCGACGCACCAUUCGCGAGGUGCUGCACACGGGCAGCGUCAGCUUCUCCGGGAAGGACUGCUCGGUGCGUGUCAACUGCGUGGAGAGCGGCCACUGCGAGACGGACCUGGAGCACGUGCUGUCGGCGCGCCGCCUGCCCGACACGCUGCACCUGCCCAAGGUGGACACCGUGGAACACGUGACCUGGUUUAUCGACCGGCUUCGAAAGCACAUGCCAGCAGACAUGAAAACUCCGAUGAAUCUCAUUUUGUUUACCGAGUCGGCGAUGGGAAUGCUGAACCUCAGAGCCAUCUGUGAGCGGACGCUGGAACUAACGUCUGACCUGCCGCUCUCGCUAGAUGGCCUCGUAUUCGGCUCCGACGACUUCUGUGCUGACAUCGGCGCCACGCGCACUUCGGAGGCGCGGGAACUACUGUUCGCGCGACAAAACUUCGUCAUGAUCGCCAAGGCAUUCAAACUGCAAGCCAUAGACGUCGUGUACAUCGAUUAUAAAGACCUGGAGGGAUUACGGCGCCAGUCGGAGGAAGGCGCCCAGUUCGGCUUCACGGGGAAGCAGGUGAUCCACCCUGGCCAGGUGCCGGUGGUGCAGAGUGCCUUCUCACCCUCCCCCGAGCGGGCAGAGUGGGCCGCUCGCCUGGUGGAGGCGUUCGAGAAACACCAGACCUCCGGAAAGGGCGCCUUCACGUUCGGCGGCCACAUGAUCGACCGACCGCUGCUGCUGCAGGCGCACAACGUGCUGCGAAUGCAGACCCGCUCAGAGGCCAGCUGAGCCGACCUCGGGCCAGUGACGUCACACGCUCACUGACCAAUGACAUCGCGGCGGUCCACCCCAGGUAGGCGCCCUGCUGGGGAAGGAGCUCGACUCGACGUUAUCUGCUUGCUCAGUGGUACGAUUGGUGGUUAUUUUUGACGCGAAGAAGUGGAUGAAUUUUGGUGAGUUGACGAAGCUCGGAAGUAGGCUGAUUGGCCAGAAAGUGAUAGAGCUUAGCAUGACGUGUGUGGAAUUCAGCGUUGCUUUUGUACUGAUAUAAUUGUAUGGAUUUAUUUUGCAUAGAUACUAUUUGCGUGAUACUUUCUUAUGACCUCUCAGCGUCGCUGAAGCACAUUUUUCGUUAAGAUUGUUAAGCUAUAAGGGCAGCUACCUGGAAACUUAAUCGCUGCCAUUUAUUUUGUUGUUGUUCGGAAUUUACGCCAGGAUAUGGCUAGAGCGUUGUUUGAGGUCUCAGCAUUGCUCAGUGGUCGGAGUAUAUGAGUCGAGUCAAUUGGUGAAGUCAAAAGUCUAUGGGUGGAGUCUAUGGUGAAUUGAGUCAGUGAUCGGUGGUUGGAGUCAAGGGGCGGGAGUCAAUGGUCAGUCCAGGAGCGGCCGACAAUGUCUGUGAGACCACCAGUCAGGUGCAAUGUGUUUGUGAAGGAUAAGAAAGGAAUCUGUCUGUACGGGGACCCGCAGUUGCUACUGUACAGUGACCCUGAGUAAAUUGACACAGCACCUUCACAGGGAACAACGAUAAGCUGUCAGAGGGCACGCACAGAAACUGAAAGCCUCAGCUGCUUUAGUACAGGAACCGGCAGUCGAUAUCAAUGUUAUCGGUUGUUACUGGACAGGACAGACGGUUAGACUUGGGGUUCGUGUACAGUAGCAACUGCGGGUCCCCGUACCCCCGGGUAGGCCAUGCUAGUGUAUUUUCUAUGUACGUGUGAAUAUAUAAGCAUAGUUUUA